AAUCGAUCUUUCAAAUGGAUAAGUCAGAAAUAAGUGAGAAAGAAAAACCAAAGUUAAUCAUAGAUCUCAAAGCAGAGGAGUGGGGGCCAGGGAUAGUGCUUAUGAAAUUAUCCGAACUCUUACCUUAUGUUCCAGGUGCUUCUCAAUAUACUGAUACAAUUUCUCUAAAUACUGAUAUCAGAAUAACGAAAAAUAACAUUUAUGUUCAAGACAUUGUUGAUCCUAAACUUAAGAAAACAUUGGGCAUCUUACAUUCUAUGGGGAUGUUUAAGAAAUUUAUCAAAAGAAGCUUUUCAGUGGGAAAGAGAGAAGCCCAAAAGUAAAUCAGUAAAAACUCAAGCUCCAUCUCCAGAGCAUCAAGGAAAACAACCUUGUUUAAACUUUCUCGUAUGAAGAUGUGAAUUAGGAGAUGAGUGUGAUAAGCUACAUCCAAGUAUCAUCAAAGAACUCUCUCAAAGGGAUAAUUCCACAGAAGAUAAAGAGUGUUGACUCUGCCAUCAAAUGAUACUAGAAAAUAAUAGGAAAUUUGCGCUACUUCAAAGAUGAGACCAUAUAUUUUGUCAGAAAUGAGUUAAAGAAAAUUGGGAUAAUUGGAAGGGACCUAGACCUAAUAGUACACUUCUGAAAAACACCAGAGAAUGUCCUCAAUGUCAUAAUUUUACCUUCAUGGUGAUUAUUAGUGAAGUAUACUACCCCCAAUCAUUCAGCAAGUCACUUCUAAUAUACGAGCACAAGCAUUACCUAAGACGAAUCCCUUGUAGAAAAUUUCACUCAGACAAGAGCAAAUGCUCUGAAGAAGACUAUUGUCCAUUUAAACACUAAUCCCUCAUCAUUCUCCUGCUCCGAAGCGCGGAGCCUAAAAUCUCGCCAAGUCUCCUAUAUU